AAAGGCCGAGAGAUGGCAGCUCGGCGUCCUCCACACAACCAGACAGAGGCGAGCCGGAGCGCACCGACACACGGAAUACUCUCAGGAUAACGAGAAACACCAAUGAAGUGAAACUAUCUGAAAGAAAAACAUGAACAACCGUCUGCGGAUUUUGGAGCAGAAGAUUUGAGGGAAAAAAAGGCGAAUAUUAGAGGAGAUAUUUGGCUUCUGAUCACACAGAGGAGGGAAGACAGCCGCAGGUCAUGCAGCACUACGGGGUGAACGGUUACUCUCUGCACGCCAUGAACUCCCUGAGCGCCAUGUACAACCUCCACCAGCAGGCGGCGCAGCAGGCGCAGCACGCCCCGGACUACAGGCCUUCAGUUCAUGCCCUCACCCUGGCAGAGAGACUGGCUGACAUUAUCCUUGAGGCCCGUUAUGGCUCCCAGCACCGAAAGCAGCGGCGCAGUCGGACGGCCUUCACGGCCCAGCAGCUGGAGGCUCUGGAGAAGACCUUCCAGAAGACCCACUACCCCGACGUGGUGAUGCGAGAACGCCUGGCCAUGUGCACCAACCUGCCUGAAGCCCGAGUGCAGGUUUGGUUUAAGAACCGUCGGGCCAAGUUUCGCAAGAAGCAGCGCAGCCUGCAGAAGGAGCAGCUCCAGAAACAGAAAGAAGCAUCCGGAGCUGCUGAAGGCUCCACAGAGGAUUCAAAGACUGACCUCAGCACCAACACCUCCACCUCCACCACCCUGGUACCGGAGUCCCGAACUCCUCCUCCUCCGUCCUCCUCUUCAUCCUGUCACUCAGAGCCAGAGAGGCUGGCAGCAGCAGCAGCAGCAGCAGCAGCAGCAGCAGCAGCAGCAGCAUCACGGCCUCAGCCCGGCGAGAUGAGCGUGGAGGUGAACGUCACCUCCCCUGAGCCGUCGGACAGCGAGUCAGCAGCCGAAGAUAACGCUGACAGGGAGGAGGACGAGAUGAGGGGGGAGGCGAGGGUGAAGCUCAGGGAGGAGACGGAGGGGGAGGGAGGAGCACCGGCAGGAGGCAGCUCCCCGUCCUGCAAACGGCUGAGCCCCAUGCCAGAUUCCCCCCUCAGCUCUCCAGCUUUGCCGUCCUCCAGCAGCGUCACCAGUGGUUUGGCUCAGAGUAAUUCGUACGCCUCGUCCCCUCUCAGCCUCUUCCGGCUGCAGGAGCAGUUUCGGCAGCACAUGGCCGCCACCAACAACCUGGUGCACUACCCGUCCUUUGACAUGAGCACGCCGUCCUCGCUGCCCUACCUGGGCAUGAACGUCAACAUGUCUUCCCCGCUGGGCUCGCUGCCCUGCCAGUCCUACUACCAGACGCUGUCGCAGGCCCAGCAGGUCUGGAACACUCCGCUGCUGCAGGCGGCACCAGGCAGCCUGCCGGGGAGCCUCAACAGCAAGACCACCAGCAUCGAAAACCUCCGUCUGAGGGCCAAGCAGCAUGCAGCCUCGCUGGGAUUGGACACGCUCCCCAACUGAAGUUGCUCAUUUUACGUACCGGGCCUCUAAGGCAGAGAUGGAGCUACGAAUCACGGCCUCCGUCUACAGGAGGAGACUUUGGUCCACUAAAACCUGCACAACAACUUUGUGCAACCAUCCAGAAAUCUGACGCACACCGAAAAAGUUAUCAGAAAUACCUCCAAUUUGAUAAUUUGUCCACAUUUGAAAUUUGUGCUCUUAUAAUUAAUUGAAUUGCUCAGAAUGUUUUGUUUGGAGUUUCAAUCAAGCAAAUCCGAUUUCAAAACCAGAGCAGAACAAUAAAAAGCACAAAAUGAAACAGAUUUAAAGGCAUGAGUACCAGAAAACGUGCUUCAGAGCAGACACGUACCUCAGCUUGCGGCUCACGUGUUCUCCAUCACCUCACAUGAACGUGCAGCUCACUGCUGGAAGCAAACCAAAACAUGAAGAACAUCUCAGCUGGAUGGACUUAACACAAAAUAAGAUUAUGACAAGAACUUAAUGGACUUAAUCAACAACAAAAAAAAACUCCACUUGGACUGCAGUUGUGACUGAACAGUACUGCUUCCCUGUUGGACUUGCUUGUAUUUGACUCCACUUGGUCAACAGCAUCAGCCAGCUCUUCUAAUGCUUGUUGCUCACCAUCAUUUCAGUCUCUUCUGUGAAUUCAGCAGAGAAAGUGUCAUUCCAGGACAUAUAUGAGAUAUUAAAGUAUCCUAUAAUCCCACAAGAACCCUUGAACUAUGCAUGCAUGCACUCCUGUGAAGCAUGGCUUACAGCCGCACAACUCAGCUGUUGAUUUAGGAUCUGAUGUCAGAAAUGAAGCUCAGAUCGGUUGAUAUAAUCCCUAAGCCAACAGUACUUUUCUUUGCAGACGACAGAUGACUCUCCUUGUUUAAAAUUACAGCCUGCUAGAAUCCACUGAGCAUUGUAAAUAUCCCUCAGUGUUCGCCUCCAUCUGCCUGGAUAAAGAGUUAACUUCAUGUCUCCUUUUGUGCAAAGGAUUGAAAAGAAAACGUUCAUUUUUUUUUUCUGAAUGUGGCUUUAAUGCAAAGGACCUAACAACAGGAACAAAAUAAGGAGAGAAUCUGCAAAUUAGGCACAUUGACAAAUAAAUACGAGCCCCAGCCGACAUAUGUUUUUGUUAACUCGGGUGCCAGAUUGAGCUUUUUGUGAGCCUGUGGCUUCAGCAGAAAAAAGAACGCACAGGCCAGUUCUCUAUGUAUUAUAUCACUGUACAGAACCAAGACAUGUAUUUCUCAAUUGUUUUAAAUGUGAGUAAUUUAUCUGUUUAAUGCAAGGGAAUAAACCACACAUAAGAAUG